AUGAGGAACAUCAAAUGUGAAACUUUUGAUCCGAAAUAUGUAAACUUUGGUAGUUGCGAACUGGCUCCAAACUUGGAGAACAACCCUACCUUAUCCAUAGUAAUAAGAUUGCUUAAGAUACCCUUAACGAAUCUUAACUUGAGGAUAACAGUGGGCCUUGCGGGACCCCAAGCACUGACGGUGGUUAAUAGCACCUUUGAUGCUUGUGCGUUUUUGAAAAGUCGAAAAUCGAAUAAGGCAGUGGGACGUUUGUAUCAAUACAUAGCGCCCUACACCAAUUUAAAUCAUGGUUGUCCUUACAAGCAUGAUAUUUAUGUAAAAAAUCUAAGUGUGGUUCAGGGUGAUUCAUUUUUAUCCUUGGUUCAUGGUGAAAUUGUCACAAAAAUUGAAGCCACUGUAGAUGGAAAAAAGCGAGUUAACAUGGAAAUCAGAUCGGGCUAUUGA